AUGGCGGCCGAAUCUGAGGCUCCGGAGGUGCAGACUGCACCAACAGGCCUUAAUGAUCCUUUACAAGAAACGUCAUACCUCUUUGUAAAGGUAUUAGGUAGGGGAGCUUUUGGAGAAGCUGUCUUGUACAGAAAAACCGAGGACAACAGUCUGGUAGUAUGGAAGGAAGUGAAUCUGGCUCGACUUGGAGAAAAGGAACGUAGAGAUGCUAUGAAGGAAGUGGACAUCUUGUCUUUGCUGAACAACACUAAUGUGAUCACCUACUACAAUCAUUUCCUCGACAUGGACACUCUCUUCAUAGAGAUGGAGUAUGCAAACGGAGGAAGUCUUUAUGAGAAAAUUUCUACACAAACAGAAUUAUUUCCAGAACAGGUUGUGAGAUGGUACUUAUUCCAAAUUACAUCUGCCCUCAUGCAUAUACAUAACUAUGGAAUAAUACACAGAGAUGUUAAAGCUAUGAAUAUAUUUAUGACAAAAACAGAUUUGUUGAAAUUGGGGGAUUUUGGAAUUUCAAAACUUCUUGAAUCCAAAGGACAGAUGGCUGAUACUUUGGUGGGAACUCCCUAUUACUUGUCCCCGGAGAUUGUACAGGGUGCCAGCUAUGAUCAGAAAACUGAUGUUUGGGCUCUUGGUUGUGUACUGUUUGAGCUUUUAACUCUUACCAAGACAUUCCAGGCAACUAACCAGUUGCGCCUUGCUUAUGAAAUUGUGCAAAGUAAACAGGGUGAGGUUGAUGAAUGUUACAGUAGCCACAUGCGGGAAUUAGUGAACCUCAUGCUACUAAAGGAUCCAAAGAAACGCCCUAGCACCACCAACAUCCUAGACCACCCAGUGUUCACAGCUGAUAACUGGUCAAUAGAAAAACAGGUUUGGGAACUUAAUUCAGGAGCACGAAAACUAAGGCUGCAGUCAGCAUCAUCUGUUGAAACAGUCCCAGUAAUUAAGUCUAAAGUCACAGAAGUGUACCAGUGGGGAGGUGGUAAGAGGACUCCACAGAAACAAGACCUGUUUGUUAAGGGCAAGAGUGCCAUACAGGUGGCUGCUGGAGGUGCCCACUUUGCUGUAGUUACCAUGGAGAAGGAGCUGUACACAUGGGCAAAUGUUCAGGGCGGGGCACAAAUUGCUGGUCAACUGGGACAGGGUAAUAAGUCAGCAUACAAGGCACCCAAGAAGGUGGAGGCCCUGGAGGGGGUUGGCAUCAUACAGGCAUCGUGUGGGGAUGAUUUCACCCUGUCUGUUACAGAUGAGGGGCAGGUUUACGCAUUUGGGUCAGACUACUAUGGUUGUCUUGGUUGUGAUAAUGAGGAGGGAGACGAGGUCCUGGUCCCAAUACUAGUAGAUUACUUUAACACUCGACCUGUGGCUGAGGUCUCGUGUGGACAGUGCCACGUGAUGGCACUCACCCGUGACACAGAAGUAUACUCCUGGGGCUGUGGCGAAUUUGGUCGCCUAGGACUGGGUUCAGAGGAUGACUUCGCUUCACCCCAAAAGGUGGAAACCCCUGGGAAACACUUCAUUAAACAUGUAUAUGCUGGAAGUGAUGGCACAUUCCUCGUCACAACCAGUGGCCGUGUCCUCGCAUGUGGUAGUAAUGAAUACAACAAACUCGGCUUCAACUCAGAAACAUCUGGUCUUCGUAAACAGAAACCAAAGAUCUAUGACAUUCCAUGUAAAUACACAUUCAGCACUGUAAAGCCCCUUCUGAGAUUUAACAUUGUACUGGUAUCUGCUGGCCACACCCACUCAGCAGGUGUUGACUUGUAUGGUAAAGUGUACACAUUUGGCUCCAACAAGUAUGGCCAGCUGGGUGUGGGAGACUUUAAAAAGAAGUCUGGAAUCUGUCGAGUUGCUGGGGCUCUAACAGGGAAGAGAGUAAUCAAUGUAACCUGUGGCAGUUACUUUACUGUGGCUGCUACGAAUGACAGCCAAGUAUACUCGUGGGGUAACGGUGCAAACGGUACCCUAGGGGCGGAGUUCCCGGACCAGGGCAAGGGCCCUAAUGGUCAAUCAAUCUCCCUCCCUCGCACCAUCUUCGGAUCACUCCAUCUUGUGUCUAACUUGUCUUCACAUCACUGGCACACCAUCGCUAUUGCUGAGAAAGUACUGAAUCAGAAGACAUUAAAGUCAAGGGUUUCCUCUCCAAAAUAUGAGAAGGACCUGCACAAAGUGUUUCUCCCCUCCCCUCCAGUAGUAGAGGAGGAUGCUUUAUUCGUGGAGAGUGAUGGUAUUUCUAAACCGAAGCAGUGUAUGAAGUAUCUCGGGAAUGAAGAGAUGAAGGAUUCAGGGAAACCAGAUUCACCAGAAGUGUCAGAGCCGCAAUCUGACUGGAACCUGCCUCCAAGGUCUACACCCUACAUCCCAUCCCCAGUGUUAGGGGCAAGGCCUAGCACUUACCAGGACUCUGGCCGGCCAUCAUCAGGGGGCAGUGAUAGACCAGGGUCAGGGGGCAAGGCGGAGGAGUCCAACAUUCCAGACUGGCUACAGGCAGAGCUUGAAGAUGCAGACUUUAUACCAUUCUGCUCUGAUGCCCUGCCUGUGUCCCCUCCGGUGCAGUAUCCAGGACAACCAGGAGGACCUUUAGUUUACGCAGAUAAAGAGGAGAUGGAGGAAGCCAAGAAAUCAAUGAAAGAACAAAAACUACUGGAAUCUAAAGAGGAGACAGAAUUAUCGCAGAAGGAUGAACUGAUUGCAUUUCUUAAACAAAAGUUGGCCGAUAUGGAGUCAGAGAAUAAUCUUUUAAAAGAACAACUAGCAUCUCAGGAGAGGAGGAUGAAGAGUUUGGAGACACAGAUGGGUGAGGCCAGGGUGACAGGUGACCAAUGACCAGCAUUUGUGUUAUAGCUAUGUAGGAUGAAGCGUUUAGAGACACAGAUGCGUGAGGCCGGGGUGACAGGUGA